CUGUACCACCAUGAGAGGCAUACUUGGUGCAACUUUAUUUGUGCUCUUCUCCUCAGGUACUUGCCACGGAGCUGGUGUCAUCACUUUUGACCUGCUCCGUGUGCCAACGACUGAGACAGUAACCUUCACUACAUCAGUGCAACCUACCGGGACACCGUUUUUGGCUGUGACUUGGAGUUUCAAUGGCAUCACCAACAUAAUCACCUCCACAGAUAUAGAUGUGGUAGGGAGUGGGUACGAGAACAGGAUAACUCUGGACAAAACCACUGGCUCCCUGAUGCUGGGAAACCUGACAGAAAAAGACAGUGGCAAAUAUGAAUUAAUCAUCAUCACUCAAACAGGGUUGCAGCACCAUGGGACAGCUGAGCUAAAAGUGCUCAGUAAAGUGUCGGGCCCCUCCAUUGACUGUCCCACAGUAAACGUGGUGGAGGGCCUGUCCUCUCUCAACCUGACCUGUGAGGCCGAGGGAAGCGUGGAGGACCGAGCGUGGCUGAAGGACGGACAGCCACUGCUCCCGGGAGACAAGUUCAGCUUUUCUGAAGGGAACAGAAUGUUGACCAUCAGCCUGGUGGACAGAGGGGACACUGGACAGUUUCAGUGUAAUGCUAGCAAUGAAGUCAGUUCUGCUGUGGCUACAUGUGGACUUACUGUUUAUUAUGGACCAGACCCUCCACAAAUCAUUCAGAAACCCAUUGGUGCAGAGCUGGAGGACAGGGUGACCCUGACCUGCUCUGCAGACUCCCUGCCCCCAGCCUCAUUCGUCUGGACAUUCAAACAUGUAUCACUUAAAGGAGAUGUUUUCUACAUUGAGGAGAUGGAGGAGCAUCACCUGGGCAUGUACACCUGUACAGCUACCAACUCUGUCACAGGACAGUUGGCUUCUGCAGAGCAUUUUCUUCGUGACUCUUCAGCUUCAGUCACUGGCUCUGUGUCCCUGAUGCUUUCCAUUGCACUGACCUCAGUGAGACUUAUGAAGACAUUAUCGUCCCCUCCUCCCUAUAACACACAUUUACAACACCUGUAUCUCAAUCUGAAACAAUCUCAUGCGCAGCCUGCAGCAGAUAUGGAGACAUCUCUAAUAGUUGUUAUUUUCUUGGGAGCUUUUGGUCUAAACCAUGGGACAGGAGUGCUUCCAGAUUAUUUGACAGCUACUGCAGGAGGGAAAAUUACUUUCACAACUAUGCUGGCUCCAUCAGAAUCCCUAUUCCAGGUUAUUACAUGGAAUUUUGCAAAUACACCUGGCAUUAACAAUAACAUAAUAGUGUCCAGCAGUACAAACGUGACAAAUGCUGCAUAUGCAGACAGGAUCACUCUGUUCAAAGCCACUGGAUCUCUAGAGCUCAGAGACCUCACUAUCAGAGACAACGGAGACUACUCAGUCACCAUCAUCCCACAAGGAGCAGCACAACAGCUUGGACGAUGUAAGCUGCAAGUGUAUGUCCCCAUCUCUAAUGUGGCCGUUAACUUAAGCAGCUCAGACUUAGUGGAGUUCAACAGUUCUGUGACUUUCUCCUGCUCUGCCUUUGGCUCCUCUCUGUCUUUCCUCUGGUUAAAUGGCAGUACUGAAGUUACAGCCAGUGACAGAGUGCACCUCACUGAUGGAGGAGCAACUCUCACUAUAGCCAGUGUGUGGCGCUAUGACCAGGGACCAUUCAGAUGCCAGGUGACCAAUGCAAUCAGUAAUGGCAUUAGCGAUCCUGUACAUCUUUCAGUUAGCUAUGGGCCAGAAAACCUUAAUUUCACAACCUUUCCAUCCCAAGAAUACAUUGCCAAAGGUUCAGACUUAGUUUUGAAUUGCAUUGCCGACUCCAAACCUUCUGCUGAAAUAAACUGGUUUCUGAAUGGAAACUUGCUAUCGUACACCGGACCACAGUGUACUGUCCAAAACAUUCAGAUGAAUGACAGUGGGAGCUACAGCUGUCAGGCUUUCAACAGAAAAACUCUGAGAUAUGCAGCUUCUACUGUUUUACCCAUCAUUGUACUGGAGCCAGUCUCAAACGCCCUCCUCAUCUCUAAUGUGACAGAAAUGUGGGAAUUCAACAGUUCAGCUGUACAAAUGUCCUGUUCUGCCUCUGGGUCCUCUCUGUCUUUCAUGUGGUUCAAUGGCAGCUCCGAGAUCACAACCAGUAGCAGAGUCCAGCUUACAAAUGGAAACACCACUCUCACUCUUAUCAUGGUGAACCGCUUUGACCAGGGACCCUUCACAUGUCACGCAUUCAACCCUGUCAGUAGCCAAUCCAGUGAUCCCAUAAGCCUUACUAUCAUCUUUGGCCCAGAGAAGAUUAACCUUACCAUCUCUCCAUUACAAGAGCACUAUGACGAGGGAGCAGAUGUUAGCCUGUUGUGCCUGACAGCGUCUGGGCCUCCUGCCUUCAUUCAGUGGUUUGUGAAUGGAGGGUUGCUGCCACACACCGGUGCAGAGCUCAGGCUGGUGAACCUCCAGAUCAGCCAGAACGGAAUCUACAGCUGUCAGGCCUACAACAACAGAACAAUGAAGAAUGAAACGUCUCAAUUUGCCUCCAUAACUGUGGUGAAAUCUGACAUUGCCAACGUGGUGAUAUCCCCCAGCAGCACAGACCUGGUGGAGUUUAACAGUUCGGUGACUCUCUCUUGCUCCUGUUCCGGCUCUUUUCCUUCAUUCGAAUGGCUAAACGGCAGCUCUGAGCUCAAAACCAGCGACAGAGUCUUCCUCACCGACAAAGACUCUACUCUCACUAUAAUUAACACAACCCGUUAUGACCAGGGCCCGUACCUGUGUCAUGCAUUUAAUCACUUCAGUAAUGGCACCAGUGAUGCCCUUCUCCUCUCCAUCAGCUAUGGGCCAGAAAAUAUAAAACUCAAGCAAUUUCCACCUCAAUUGUAUCAUCAAAAAGGUGCAAAUGUCUCAUUUAUUUGCUCGGCUGACUCCAAACCAGCAGUACAGUUGCAAUGGUUUUUUAAUGGGCGCCCACUGUCUUAUACAAAACCAGAACUCCACCUACUGAACAUAAAUAUGAAUUUUAGUGGUAACUACAGCUGCCAGGCCUAUAACAACAAAACUCUCCGAUAUGCAAAAUCUGUCACUGAAGCUAUUUUGGUACAAGAGCCAGUAAACAGUGUGGAGGUGACAUCAAAUAUCUCAGUAUUGAUGGAGUAUAGCAGUUCAGUGAGUCUCUCCUGCUCUGCCUCUGGCUCCUCUCUGUCUUUCCUCUGGUUAAAUGGCAGUACUGAAGUUACAGCCAGUGACAGAGUGCACCUGAUGGAUGGAGGUGCCACUCUCACUAUUGUAAACGCGAGCAGAUAUGACCUGGGUCCCUUCAGAUGCAACGUGUCAAAUGGAGUAAGCGCCCGCAUCAGCCAGCCUCUUCCUUUGUACAUCCAACACGGGCCUGAUAGGACAACCAUAGUAGGCCCCGAAUCUGCGCACGCUGGAGAUUUGACCAUGCUCUACUGCUCCACUGAGUCCCUGCCCACGGCCAAGUUCACCUGGCACUUCAACGGGAAUCCAACCGGCAACCAGGGCGCAGUCUAUGUUAUCCGGUCAACCAAAAGCACCGACAGCGGGACAUACAACUGCACCGCUGUCAAUCUGGCUACAAGUCAAAGUCAGAUGGGCAGUCACGAGUUAAAAGUUCUAGACUUUUCCAGCUGCGACUGCAUGAAUGCCGCUGGAAGGGCUAUACUUAUAACAGCGGGAACUUGUCUCCUUAUUGCGAUAGUGUGUGCGGUGCUUGUGUGCUGUGUAAAAAAGAGAAAAAGGCUAAACAGCAAUUAUCCACCACAUCUAAAAGAAAAGCGAAGCGUGAAGCAGCAGCAUUCGGAUGUCUAUAAGAUCACAAGGCCAGAACUGAACGACUUGUACGCUGUCCCCUUAAAGAAAAAAAGAAAUGAAGCCCAGAUUAAAAUGUGAAGUUUGUCAAGAUAAGAAUAACAAGAAUGUGCAAGAAAUCUGAGCAACAAGCGACCUGUUUCACUGUAAACUGGCUACGGUGG